CCAGGGUUUACCCUGGGACAUAAAUGAUUUCCAUAAGUAAGAGCAAGCAGAGCAUCGUCUCGCUGGGAGAGGGAUAGUGGAUGCAGAAGCUGUCCCAUCACAGAGCAUCUCUCCAAGGCAGCGAUGCUGCUCCCCUCCUCCUCUCACCAAAACCCCCACCCUGGGAGUAUCUCAAUUCCCAAAAAAAAAUGAAGGUAUAAGAGCUCAGGGGUGAUUUGCCUGCAAAGGAGCAACAGGCAGGCAAAGGAGGAGGAGGAGGCUGGCGUUUGGCUGUGAUCCCAUGGAUCAGCGAGGAAGGGCGUCGCGGGGAAGAGGGAGCAACAAUCAGCGAGAAAACCCGCAGCGAGCCAAGAGACAACCGAAGGGCGUAGACUCCUGCCAGGGAUCUCCAAUCAGGCCUGGGAGGCUUGGCUGCCUGCCGGAUAAAUGUAGAGCCGGGAGGGUGAGGAGACAGCGUUCUUCUGGGCAGCGAGAGGAAGAGGAGGAUGAGUGCCGGGGUGUUCCCCGCGAGGAGGCAGAGGGCCCCCAGCAGCACCCAAGCAGGGAUGAACUGGACUCCGACAGCACCCCAGCAGACCAUGCCCAUCCCCUCCAAGCCCCUAACAUCCUUCCUUAUCCAAGACAUCCUCUGGGAUGGGGCGGAGAGGAGACCACAGCCUGAAGAGAGCAAGAGCGGAGCGUUUGGAAGCCCAGAGGAUAAGGAGAAGGAGGGAGUCACGGCAGAGGGCAGCUCAGCCCCAGGGCACCUUCCAAGGAGCCUUCAUCCCCCUGGAGCAUCCCGAGGGACACCCCACAAGGCACAUGCAGAUGCCACAGCGGAGACCUACCUGUCAGAAUGUGCCCAGCACCCCCCCAAGCAGGCGAAGCGCUCGCGGGCGGCGUUCUCCCACACCCAAGUCAUCGAAUUAGAGCGGAAAUUCAGCCACCAAAAAUACCUCUCGGCACCCGAGCGUGCCCACUUGGCCAAAAACCUGCACCUCACCGAAACCCAGGUGAAAAUCUGGUUCCAGAACAGGAGGUAUAAAACCAAGAGGAAACAGGUCGCCUCGGAAAUCAGCAGAUUGGACACGCGGCUGGUGGGGCAGAAAGCGGCUGAGAUGCCCGGAGCAUCGCUCCUGGCGCUGCGGGGUGGUUGGCAGUACCUGCCGUGCCUCUACUACCUGAAUGGCUGGAAUCCCUCCUGGUGGUAACUGCUUUUUUUUUUUUUUUUAAGCAGAAAGCAUCUUUUUCUCUUAAAAAUGUGGGGGUUUUAAUACUGCAUCGCUCUUUCUAGUGCUUAUUAGGAGAGGAAGACUGCAUUCACCGUAACGAUCAGCAUCUUCCAGUUGCCUCACAAGCCUCUCUUGUUGCUAACAGUAAAAAAACAAAGAAAAAGCCAAAAAAAAAAAGAUUUUAAGAGUGUGUAAAUCAGAGAGCUUGAUAGCAGCCUGAUCUAGUGGGAUCUUCCUGCCCAUAGCAGGGAGGUUGGAACUGGAUGAUCUUUAAGGUCCCUUCCAACCCAAACUAUGCUAAGAUUCUGUGGUAGCACUGAUCUGAUGCCAAUCUGCAGCCGGAAAACAUUGCAGGUUCUUUCAGGAACAGAAAGGGAUGCUUUGCCCAGAGCGGUGGUGGCUGCCUCACCCCUGGAACCAUUCAAGGUCAGGUUGGAUGGGGUUCUGAGCAACUUGAUGUGGUUGAAGAUGGCCCCGAUCACUGCAGGGGGGGUUGGACCGGAUGACCUUUAUGGUCCCUUCCAAUCCAAACCAUUCUAUCCAGCCACAGAGACAGCGAUCGCUCCCCUCUGUCCCUCCUACAUCGUCUUUGCCCCUUGCUGAGGGGGCAAAAAGCAAACUGAGCAUCCUGCGUUGGCACCAACACAGCCCCAGCUCAGCCACUGGGGCCACCAACCGUUGCAUGAGCUAAAAAUUAAGCUUAAAAGAACAAAAAAAGGCCAAAAAAUAUUGCAUUUCUGUCAUUGAUAGCAUCGCUGGUUGUGGUCCCAGAGGGAUCUUAGAGCCCCACACACAAAAUUUCUGCAUUCUGUAAGGCAGGACAACAACCUCCACCUGGGGCAACGCGCUUUUAGGGAGGAUUAAACCCCUUUCUGCCAUGAGCAUCAACAAAUUAAGUGCCUGAUGGCCACAGAGCUGCAACCAGGGAGCAGGUUUCAUAGAAUCGUAGCAUGGGUUGGGUUGGAAGGGACCUCAAAGCCCAUCCAGUCCCCCCUCCUGCCAUGGGCAGGGACACCUCCCACUGGAUCAGGUUUCUCAUAGCCUGGUUUGUCAUUACCUGAGCUCAGGUGGCCGCCCCAGCUUAACCCCCCCCACAACCUCAUCCCUUGCCGCGAUAUCAACUGCCACUGCCGGUGCCUUAAGAGCCUUGAGAAACCAAACCAGAAAGCCUCGGGAACACGGACAAUAGCGCAAUGACAGAUGAGUUUUGCAUAUCCGGGUGUUGACGCCGUUUGAACGUUCCCGUCUAAGCUAUUGAAAAUAGCAACAGCUCCUCGUUCAAGGCUGCCAUCAGCUUUCAACGCAGCAAAUUCCCUCUUUGAGAGUGAAAUCAGCCCAUUUCCUAACGCAGGGUAGCAAGAGGGUGAUAACUUUGUAAUGACUUUUAAUGAGAUGACAACUACUUGCACUAGCAGAUUAGCAAAUAUUUAGUUCUUCUAUAACAAAUCAUACUUAAAACUUUCAUUUUCGCCAAGUCCAUGGGAGAGAGUGUAGAAAUAAAUGUGAUUUCUGAGAGGAAACACCUCAACCGCUGUUUCUCAGCUUGCGUGAGCCCUGCGGGAGCAAAUUUAACCUUCUGAAACAAAAAUACACAGAGUUUUUUUCCCUCUCCAGAAAUGUGCCUGUGUUUCUGAAAGAGAAUUACAAACCCCAGUGGUCCGGUUCCCUCCUGCAGGAGGGAAAUGCAGGUGAUUAGAUGACAAUAAGAAGCUGCUUAGAGCUGUCUCGGUUAAUAAGAUUGUUUGGGAAAGGAUCUUUUGGCUUUCUAAUAGAUCCACAUCCUGCAAGGUCCCACGUGGAGCUGCUCUGGGUACGUGGAGAAGGCAAAGCUAAGGGGAAGGGAGGAUGGGGAGAGGAGAACGCGCAAACUGAACCCCUUUGUGGCGCAGAUAUUCAGCUGCUCUCGUUAUCAAAGCUGUUCGCUCAAUUUGGAGGACGCUCGGUCUUUCUAAUUGUCUGGAAGUGACCUCUAAUAUCUGGAGAUAACAUUUUUCUUCCAGCUCCUGCUCUCCACUGCUGCGCGUCCCCCAGCCUGUUCUCCCGCAGCCGACACUCCGGGAAGAAGGUCACCUUCUUCCACUGUUGCAAAGUGUUUCAACCCCAGCCCUGCUGCUCAUCCACUUUGCACUUUGCUUAUCUGCUGCUUUGGAACCGAACAAAAAGUCCCUUAUGGUCUCAAAGCCAAGCCCACGCUCGCAUCCACAGGGAGCGGAGGUUGUGCUGAACUCCCAUGGGGUUAUCCGGACCCUUGGGAUCAUAGGAUGGUUUGGGUUGGAAGGAUGCUGCUUAAAUUAAGGCAGAGAUGCUAUAUUUGCACUAAAUACACUGGAUUAGCAGCUUCUGAGUAGGAUCCUGGAGCAUCCAGGAUAUCCAGCUCCUGAAUAGCAUCCUAUAGCUGCUCCUGAAUAGAAUCCUUGGAGCAUCCAGGAUAUCCAGCUCCUGAAUAGCAUCCUAUAGCUGCUCCUGAAUAGAAUCCUUGGAGCAUCCAGGAUAUCCAGCUCCUGAAUAG